GCUUGCAACGAACGCAGAACACAACGGAAGAUAUGACUAGCAGAAUUACAUUCAUUAAAUGGCUUAUCAGUGCUCUGCUGUGCCUGGCUCUGGCUCAGCGUCCGGUGGCAGUGAAAAGUCGAUACAAUAUCAGUUUCGCCCAAUUGGAUACAUGCGAUAGCAUCAACAUUGACACCAGCCAAGGAUAUAGCUACAAAGAUUUCUUCAUGGUACACCGCUUGAACAACAACAACAUCAAGGAUAAUGAGAGACUGCAUCUGAAAUUUUAUGUGCUCACCAGCAUGGAUGCCCAUAUCUUGCUCUCAGUUACCAGUCAUCCUCGACACACGGAUCGGGUCUACGAAAUCGUGAUAGGGGCAGGCGGAAAUACGUUUUCCGCCAUACGAACGAGCAUGGGCAUAAGACGAGUGUCCACAAAUCAAGAUCCACAACUCUUAUCAAUCUACGAACCAACGCCAAUUGAAAUUGUGCAAACAAAGGAUGGUGAUCUAUUCGUUUAUAUUCCUGGCUUCAAAACGGAGGCGCUGCUGCAUUAUCUAGACGCCUCGGCACUGACCAUCAACUAUAUUAGCUUCAGCACCUUUGGCGUAAAUAGUGCACGCUGGUUUUACGAUUGUGCCUUCGAUGGAUACACCAAUGAAAUGGAGAAGGAACAGCGCACACUAUCGCAUGAGGAUCGAUUGCUGAGCGCACUCAUCUACCAAGGGCAGAACAGCAGUCUUCCUAAUAAUCUAACCGAACUCAAAUUCAACUUUCAAAUGCGAUCGCUGGCUUAUAAUCAACCGAGUGCAUUGUUGCACACACGCAUGCAGCUGGUGUUGCACUGGACUGAUCCUCGGCUGCAGUGGGAGCCAGAAAACUACGGUCAAUUAAAAUCCUUUGUGCAUCCACAAUUGCAAAUUUGGUUGCCACAGAUUGUGGCACUCAACGCUGCUUUAGAUGGUUUCGGAGACGUGCUAAGGAACUUCGAGGUGCGUGUUUACAGUAAUGGCAACGUCACCAUCAUGGCCAGCAAUCUAGAGCUGAGAACCUAUUGCGUGGACACGGCUCGCAAUUGGCCCAAUGAACGCCUCAAUUGCGACAUUCAACUUGGUGUUGAGGAGAAUAGUGGUCACAUUGACUUGAUCUUCGAUCAACAGCAACAACCUCUGGCACCCAAUGAGCAUGUGAACACUCCAUCUGGCUGGACAUUUAUUGAAAUUGCCGUCUCACACGUGGACAACUCCUCGGACAUGCGAUAUACGUCCGAUGGCGCGAUUCAGACCAUUUCAGGGGAUGUCGUCAUUGGUUUUAUCAUUCAGCGCAAUAGCAGCUUCUACAAGCAGGUCUUUGUCAUGCCUCUGAUUGCGUGCCAGAUCUUUAUAGUGCUAUCGUUUGUACUCCGCGGUUAUCGACGUGGUGCUCUAAUCCUCAUUGUCCUCGUGCUGACAGCCUGGGGCCUGAUGUAUAUUACUCGCUACGCCUCGCCCAAUUAUGUGCCGCCCUUGAUGUGUGCCUAUCAGCACAUUAUGCAUAUCUCUAUAUAUUGCUACUUGUUGCACAUUGUUAUCAUGUGGCUGGAACGUUAUCCACCACGCGACAAGCCAAAUGAUUACCUUAUGGCCAUAAUAAAUUCAUCGCCAUUGCGUCUUGUGCUGGGACUUCGCUUUUCAGAUUCAACGGAAUUCUGCGAUAUUCAAUCGCAGCCCUGGCGUCAACUAUCCAAGAUACUUAACAAUCUUAGCUUUAUUGUAAUUAAUAUAUGCUUUAUUGUGAUUAAUCUUAUGCCAAUAUCCAACGUUUAAAUCAUUUAUUUUCUAAAUCAAUUUGAAAAUUGUAAAGAAAACAAUUUAAAUGUAACAUAACUAUACAGAUACAAUCUUCUCACUUUUGCAACAUUGAAAUAAA